UCUAAAACCACCACUGGCGGCAUAGGCGACGACAAUGGCACGCCCACUCAUCGGCUCAGUCCUCGAGCGCAACGCCCAAUCCUCCAAAACACAACCAAAGUCGCCCGCUCCGUCACCCACCCCGAACGGUUUCCCAGCCGCCACACACCGGUCGAAAAGCGCGUUCGCUCGGGCCCGCGAGGCCCGAAACGCCGCUGCCGCUGCUGAUGCCGCUGGUGGCUCGACGAGGCCGCAAGACGUUCCUGCUGUCGUGCCUUCUGCUUCGGUCGCCUCUACCUCGUCUGCACCGUCGUCGUCGACACAGCCAACGCAUAUACUCCAGCCAGGGCCGAGCCGCGUUCGGGAUGAGGCUUCUGGUGAUGCAGAGAUGCUCCGUCGGGUAGAGGAAGAAAAUGCGCAUCGUGUCGCUGCCAUGUCAGACGCGGAGAGGAAACAGGAGAAGGAGGAUGUUGUGGAGAGGUUCGGACCCGGGAUAAGUGACCUGUUGAAGAGGGUACGGGAGGCCAGGGAGAGAAGAGCGAAGGAGGAGGGUUCGGGUGCGACGGGAGGCAGGGCGGAAGCUGCCAGCCCGAUGAAUGUGGAUGCCAUGGGCGAUGAAGACGAUGUACGCUCGGAUACGAGCGACCCGAACGUCGAAGUGCCCUUGGUCAAUACACGACCGCGCUCAAGAAGCGUUGAACUCUCGGAAAAAGUCUCCCCGCCCCCGAUCCUCUCGACGAGCAGCACACGUCCCUCCACCCCAAGCAGACCCAAUCGACGGCUGCGCUUCGCCCAGCUGUCUUCCGACGAUGUGCAUGUGUACGAGUCCGCGCCAGCGUCGCCAAAGGCUCGCACGGCCGCACUUGCGCUCCCGCCGCCGCCAGAUGCUUCAGACAAAAGCAUCGCAUCAUUGGGGACGUUCAAGGGCACUGUGCCCGACCCUCGUUCUGUCGAAGACGCUCUCAAAGCAUCCGCGGCUGGGGAUGAAAACGGCCAAACGUCGCCCAUGAAGGUCGACGCCACCCCCAUAUCCUCUAGCGAGCCCUCGAACCCUUCGCCUUCUGAUCCACCGCCUCCACCACUGGAAGACCCUCCCGACGAAGGCACCCCCGAAGACAUCCGCCGCCGGUUCUUCCCCCAUCUCCCACCGGACGACCCCUCGCUCGCGUGGAUCCAGUCGUCGCUCUCUUCCUCCUCCCCUUCCCCCAUCGGCCUUCCCGCGUCAUCGUCAUCAUCAUCCCCAGCAAAGCCAAACGCAGACGAACCCCGCUUCGACCUAACCGGCGCGAUCAUCCCGCCCUCCGCGGCGUCCACGCUCCCGUCGCAUCUGGGUCUGCACCACCACGCCGACGCGCAAGGACGCGCGGGAUACACGCUCGACGACAUGUUCCUGUUGGCAAGAUCGACGGUGCCGAGCCAGCGCGCGACGAUGCUGACCGUGCUCAGUCGGAUCGCCAGGCGUCUCAGUCGCGCUGGGGACGACGGGGUGCCGGAGCUCGCUGGGAAGGAGAGCGAGCUGCGGAGCCGUGUUUUGGCUGCGGGUCUUGGAGCGCUGGGCGAGCGCGGGGGGGUUGGGAUUGCUGCGAUCGAUGUUGUCUGGGCGUGCUUGCCUGGCUGGAAUCAGCGUUCUGGUGGCACGAAGGCGGAUGCUCGCUGUAUUGGCACCUCAGCCCCCAUCUCUCACGCAUCCUCCACCGCUCUCCUCAAAACCAUCCAGCCCGCCGAGUUCCUCGCCCAGCUCGCGACGCUCCUAUCGCGCCCGCGCGGGAGCAUCCCGCCCGAGUCUGCGUCUCAGCUGCUCGACGUGCUGCUGUUCCUCGCGCGCGAGAGCACACAGCUCGCAGAAGCGAUCGUCAGCACGCCUGGGCUGGUCAACGCCGUCGUCGGGCUGUUCCUCCUCACACCCAUCUCCACCUCUUCCGACAGCGCCACAAGCCCAGGCGCCGAUCCAGCGGCGCUGGCUCUGCUCGAGGCGCUCGUACAGGCGAGUAGGGGCAACGCGAGGGCGAUCGCAGAGGGCGCGGACGGGCUGCUGCGCUUCGUCGUGUCCGCCGUACCGCUCGAACGCUCGGCCGGGGCCGGGGACGGGGGCGGGGACGAUCCGCUGACGGGCGAUCGGGGCCGGGGCACAGAGCUGCUGCUCGUGGGCACGCUGGGGGUGUACACCGCGCUUGCGGCGUACGGGAUGCACGCGAGCGUCGCUACGACCGCGCAGGCGUACUUUUCUGCGCUCGCUGCGCGCGUUCUUGCCUCCCUCGCCUCUCUCGGCUCUCUUGACUCUGUCGCCUCGAUCCCGGCUUCGGGCGCCCCGUCGGCGCGGGAUUCGUAUGGUGUGAUCGCGCUGGCGACGGCGUGGGCGAGGCUCGUCGAGGCGUGGACGGUGGGCGCGAUCGAUCCGCAUAUGACGAGUCCGCCGCAUGAGAUUCUGUGGAGCCAGGUGGCGGGGUGGGGGUGGGGCGGGGAGAUGUGUGCGGUUGCUGCGUCGUUGUGUCGUCUCGCCUCGCCCUCGGAUGUCGUCGCUUCGGAUUCUGGCGCUGAAGGCUCAAGAUUGCGCGAAGAUGUGGAGGUGGCGUGUGCAGCUGCGUGGAACGCGGCGAGCGCGUGGCUCGAGGGGGCGCGCGUCAAUGGGGUCAAGGGCGGCGAGGCGGAGCGAGCGCAGGCGAUUGAGGCGUUGAGGCCGUUGUUCGAUGGGCCCGCGUCGGAUGGUGGAGGUGUGGUUAGAAGGGCGGUGGAGGAUACGAGGGAGAGUCUACAGGCGAUCUCUGAGACGGGGGCAGAUCAAGCGGCCCUCGAGGGUCUGCUCGUCAAGCUGGGUCAAAAAGCGGCGGUUCUAGGCGCAGCCAUCCGACUUUUCCUCGCGUGCACACCGACGGGCGUGCAGCCCGCCACACUCACGCGCCCGCCGUUCGUGCUCCCGUUCGAGGACAUCUCCGCGCUGUGCGGCGCGCUCGUCACGCACCCCCUCUGGGACGCGCUCGCUCCACCUUCGCGACCUUCAACUACCCCAGGCACCAGCGACACCGCCCCGCCCACCCCAAACCCAAACCCAACCCUACGAAAAGGACGCUUAUCACCCGCCCCCCGCGCACACACCCGCGCGCUCCCGACGCUCCUCGCGCACUUUGUGCAGCUCUCGCGCCUCGUCCCGGGCACCCCGCCCGACCUGUGGCUCGCGCAGGCGCUCGCGGUGCUCGGCCGCCUCGCGCCGGGCGACGAGGCGUUUGCGGUGUGGAUCGUGCAGAGGGUGGGCGGGAUGAUGACGGUGCGGGUUUUGGGGGCGCUUGGUGUGCCUGUUCCAGCGGGAACGGAAGCGGGGGCGGGUGCGGGUGCGGAGGAAUCUGGUAAAGCGGCGGGUGCGUCGGAGGUGGAUGUGAUCAUGCCGUUUUUGAUGCACACCGUUCGCCCUGUUGCGUUCGCGAGGCAAGAUGGAGAGGAAGGGGUGGUGGUGGAGGAAGAAGAGAGGGUGUACAUUGCGCCUGCGCAUCCGACUCCCGAGUCGAUCAGGCGGUGCACGACGCUGCGUCUUCCGGCUGCCUACCCCUCGGCGCAGUACCACGGCCAAGGACAAGGACAAGGACAAGGACCGGGCGGGAUCCCUGCUGGCCUCCCCCUCGCGCGCGACUGGGCGCUGUCGCCGAUCGACCAUCUGCUGCGCAGCGGCACGUCGCCGGUGUUUGGCUCGCGGAGCUUCCCAGAGAAUUGGGACGGGAGCGAGACGUCCGUCGUGCGCGCGUCUUUUAUGCUUGUGCUCGCGGCGAGAGAGGCGCUCGUGAGGCACGGCUUGGGCGCGGAGUUUGCGAUGAGCAGGGAGGAGGCGGUGUUUGGGUGUAUGAAGGUGUUCAUGCUCGAGCACGGACAGCCCGGUGAGAUCGGCGGUGGCGAGGGCAGUGCGGGCGGGGGAGACGAGGUGUUCAGGGACAAGACCGUGGACUCGCUCAUGCGCGCGGUAUUAGCGCCAUUCAGAUUCGGCGCCGCGCCGAACGCGCUGUUCCCGCCCUACGACGCGGACGCGCGGCGCGACACGGGGAGCCUCGAGGACGUCUCCCGCCGCUUCCUGGGCGCCGGCACACCCUUCUUCCAGUUCUACACGGACUUUCUCGCGCUGUACGACGCCAUCUCGUUCGCGCACCCCACGUUCUCUGCGCUCCUCCUCCCGCCCACCACCGCAUCGCGCUACGCGCACGACUACCGCAAGCUGCUGUACGCGGACUACGCGCACGUGCUCCGCACGCUGCGCACGCCCGUCGCGGACGUGCUCGGCGAUCCGCGCGAGUGGCUCUGGCCGCUGGAGAGCGAGCAGACGGUCGUGCAUGCGUAUCUGCAGACGCUCGCGGGCGGGAGGCCGCUGCAGGGGUUUGUGAGGCUUGUUGCGGUGCACCAUGUCGCUGGGAACGUUUGGCCGGAUAUGCGUUCUGGCGCGGAGCCUCAGCCGCAGCCGCAGCAGAAGAGCGCGAGUGCGAAGCUGCUCCGUGCGGUUGUCGAGCAGUGCGAUAACGCGACUGUGCGCGAGGUCCUGUGCUAUCGCCAGGUGCGAGAGGGCGGGUUUGUCCCUCCGCCGGCGUGUUUCUCGCUGGACGAGGUGAUAAAGGUGCAGAGGAUUAGGCUCAUCGGGGAGAUGCUCGGAGAUGCAGUGCGAGAGCGGUUGGAGGGUGUGUUCCGCGAGGGUGCUCAGUUUGCAUGAUGGUGUGUCGGUAGAUGGACCGUGCGUUCUGGUCAAUGUGCGUCGGUCAUGUUUACAUGUUAACUUUUACUGUACGUUCUUGCCGCUGUAGAAUAAUCGCGUCC